AUGGCAUAUCGGGCAUCGACUGGUAGACUUGCCAGCCCGGAGAGGUGGAACCGCGAACGGUUCAUCGCGGCAGGGAACACGAACGGGAACGGGAAUGGGAACGGGAACAUGUUCAGCGGCAGCAACCGAUUCGAGGAAGACGACCAGUUUUAUAGCCGUGGACCUCCUAGACGUGCACGAGAACCAUCGGUGGAUUCCAGAUACGAACGACGCGCAUCGAGGCCGUACGACGGUGAUUACGUUCGUGACGAGCGGUACUACGACGACGAACCCCGCUACCGUCGGUCACCUCCGCCCGAGAUGGAGCGCAAGGUCGUAGUCGACAGAACCCGCGAAUACCGCAGCCCAUCGCCCCUUCGAAGACCGGCGCCAUUGUUGAGGAGGCAGUCAUCACUCGAUACAUUCGACCGUCGCCCCGCUCCAAAGUUCCUCGACAGGGAAGAAGCAUACGGACCUCCUGCACGCCGCUCAGAUUAUCGCCCGGAACCCUACCAGCCAAUCCCCCUCCCCAGAAAUCGAGCGCUGCCACCACCCAGAAUUUACGCCGAGCGGGAUGAACGCGAAUUCGAUGAGAUCCGGAUCUCGGAACCCGACCGUUACGGGGACGACGAUUUCCACGCGUAUCCCGAACGUAUCCGGGAACGUGAGGUCACAAGGACAAGGCGACGAAGAGACCCCAGUAGCUCAAGAACAAGCCGAUCUCGCGCUCACACGCGUCAUGGCAGUAGCGUUCGAAGCAGUUCAAAAUCGUCUGUCACCACGAGCACUUCGAGUGCCAGCAGCAGUGUGGGCACAACUGUAACAGUGAAGAGCGAGUAUCCCAAGAAGGGGAAGACCAGAAUUCCUGGGCGACUUGUGUCGAAGCGAGCCUUGAUUGACCUUGGAUAUCCCUUCAUUGAAGAGGGCACUAUUAUUGUGGUGCAAAAGGCACUCGGGCAGGACAACAUCGACGACCUGCUGAAACUGAGCGAGGACUAUAAGAAAGCUGAACUCGAAGUGGUCGCCGCACGGUCUGAACCUGGCAAUAUUGUCGAAGAACGGAGAACUGAGAUCAUCACUGUCCCUCCGCCACCUCCGCCGCCCGCUCCUGUUGCCGCACCACCUCCACCGCAGCCAACCUUAAUCCACACGCAUGCGCCUCCGCCACCACCUCCUCCGCAGCAAUAUGUGGAACAAACCACCAUCGUCCGUGACGUAUCGCCAGCCCGAAGCCAAACCAGCUACACCACAUCCACCACGGCAACACCCUACUUCGUAGAGGCUCGGCCACGCGAGUACAGUGAAGAAAUUCCUGUUGGACCCAUGGCCCUCGUCGCCGAUCGUCGGCGUGGCGACCGGGACAUUCAGGCCGAGAUUGCUAGGCUGGAAGCUGAACGCGACCUCAUCAGGCGCGAGAGACACCACCACCACCACUCUCACAGCCACAGUCCGAGCGGAGAACUCGUCCGCGCCGAAAGACUCCCAACCGGCGAGCUAGUUCUCUACGAGGAAGAAAUUAUCAAGGAGGAGGAGGCGAGGCGUGGAGUACGCCUAGAGAAAAAACGAGGUAGGAUGCAGAUCAGCGUACCUAAGGCCAAGAAAUAG